AUGAAAAUCUUCUUUCAUAAAAUCCUAGAUGCUGAAACUGAGAGACAAUAUAAUAAUUUCCAAAGAAAUGAAACCAUUAAAAUCUAACAUUAAUAAAAACUCUUAGUACUAUUUUUAUUGGGUGUUUUUACAAUUUAAAAAGGUAUUGAAUAAAGUUGGGCUUCUUUAGCUUUCAAUAUAUUUGGAUUUAUUUUUAUAAUUAUCUCCUACAAAUAUGUGAAAAAAACAUCAAUUUAUUAUAAAUACUUACUUUUGAUGGUUGCUUUAAUAUUUAAUUUUUUUUAUCCAUUCAAUCGAUAUAUGGAUAUACCUCCAAACCAAGAUACUUAUCUAGAUGGAUAUUUUAUAUGUCUAGGAUCACUUUCGUAAGAUAUCAGUUAAACUUAGAAUCCUUAAUUCUGUUGAGAUUUAAGCCAAAUACAUAGUAAUGAUACCAACUUUAGCAUUUAAUUUAUAUGUAGGUCCUUAUGAUAAUAAUACUUUUUGGUCAUAAUGUUUGAAGUUUGCUGUCAUGAUUUUUAUGGAUAUUCAAUUUGGUAUACAAUAAGAAAUUUUCAAAAGAAAAUAAUUUUUUAAAUUAAAUAUCAAUAAAAUUUUGCAAAAUUAUUUUAAUUCUUAAGAUAUGUUUGAUAUCUUUAAAGUUAAAUUUGAUGAAGAAAUUAAAUCUAUUAAAUUAUCAUCCUUACUAGAAAAACAAAAAUUCAAUUAAUUUCAAUAACUAGACUUCAAACAACGCAUAAGAAAGAUAUUUAUUUAGCCUAAACAACAAACUAAUUAAUUAAAUAAAAAAUAUAAAAAUUAAAAUACUUAAAUUAAUUUAGAAACAUUUUUACUUUUCUUCCUUAAAGAAUUAAAGCCAAAAAAAGACUUUUAAAUGUUUGAGUAUUUAAAUAAAAAUUCUUCUUAGGUAGAAUUAGAAGAAUUUUUAAUAAAUAAUUUUGGAUAGAAUGAUAUUUCUACAUCUAACUCAAAAUAAAUAGUGAUUUAUAAAAUACAUCACUAUAAAACUCCUCAAGCAUUAAUUAUUAUUAAAUAACAUUAGAUUUCUACAAAAAUGAAAAAAUUAACACUUAAGUUAGAGAAUUAUAAACUUAUUAUAAAAUAUUUUAUCUCUAUCUUUAAUUCUACUUUUAAGAAAGGUUUAACAAACUUGUAUGAUUUUAAUCAUAUAAGUGAUUUUAGUAUAAUAUAGAAAGAAAGUUUAUUUAAAGAGCAUCUUUCUUAAUUAAAUAAGGCUUGGAAUUCCUUUAGAAAUAUGAUUGAUUUUAUACAAUUAUCUUGUGAUAUUAAUCCAUUAACAAAUUUCAAUAUUUUCCUUUUGCUUGAAUAAGUAAUUAAAUCGAUCUCUUUUUUGAAUCAUGAUAUAAUGACAGAAAUAGAAGUCAUCAAUAAAUUGAAAAAUUCAUAUGUUGUAUCUAACAACACAAAAAUGAAACAACUUUUCUUAAAUUUGUUUUAUUAUAUUUUAGAUUUAAAUUUAGGGAAGAUUUAUAUCUAUUUAGAAGAAGAUUAAUACUAAAAUGAUAAUAUGAUAAAAGUAAAAUUUAAGUACUAAUGUAAGAACAUAAUUUCCAACUAAGAGUCACAACAUUUUCCAAUAAUAAAUCCUAUGUCCUUUUCAGAUUUAAAGCAUAAUUCAAAAGGAAUAUCUAAUCUAGAAAUACCAAUAAGUAUUUGGUUGGUUAGACUUUUGGGGCCUAAAGAUAAAAUUAUUAUAAGAAAAAGUUAACAAUAGCAUGAGUUAGAAUUUUUAUUAUACAAAAUUUUAACUUCAGAUAUGAGUUUACAAUAACACUAUAAUUUAAGAACAGAAAAUUAAAUAAUAAUGUGUAUAGAAAAUUAGUAGUUAUUCACAAAUUGUGUUUCAAUAUAACCAUUUAUAACUUGA